AUGACUAAUAAACAACAAGCGGAAAUCCGAUCUUUACAUACACUAGCUACUCCAUGGCGUAUUAUAGAUCCUGGUUUAUGGCUUGAAGGUCGAUGUUUGACUACAAAUGGUCGAUGUAGUGUACAUAAAGAAAUGGUUAUUGGUAAUUUAGAAAUGGGUGAAUUUACUAUUUCUCGUAUGUAUACUUUUAAAUGUCCUAUAUGUGAAAAUAGUGUACGUGCUGAAAGAUUUGGUUUAAAUCGUUGUCAAUGGCGAAUAAUGAAUACUAGUAGAUGGACAAAUGUUACUGAUAUGUAUCAAAUAUAUAAUUUAAAUCGAUUACCAAUACAUAUUGAAACUCGUAGUUUAAAUAAAGAUAUUGAAUUUCAAAGUGAAUGUUCAAUAUGUUUAUCAUCAAUGGAUCAAAAAAGUACAUGUUCAAUUUUACCAUGUCAACAUAUAUUUCAUACAGAAUGUAUUCAUGGUUGGAUUGAUAGUGAAGGACAAACAUCACUUCAAUGUCCUAUGUGUCGAAAACCAAUUUUCGAAUAA